AUGUGGCGUAAUAUCACAAGCCGCUAUCCGGAAUUUGAAGCCUUCGUUUUCGAUGAUAACAACUUCUACUCCGAUCAGAUGCUGGAGCUGCAGACGACUACAUUACAGUCUCUAGGAACGGCAAUACUCACUUUGAUUGCAGUUUGUAUUCUCUUCGUCGCUGAAUCGUCGAUCGUUUUCUGGGUUACAUUUAGUCUUGUAUCCAUGGAUGUAGGGACAGCGGGCUUCCUAUCCCUAUGGGGCGCAGAUCUCGAUCCGACCACUGUUGUGAACAUAUUGAUGUCUAUCGGACAGUGUAUUGAUUUCGCUACUCAUGUGGGGUAUCGCAUCUACAGAUCUGAACAUGCUGAUCCCAACGAUCGUAUUCGAGAUGCUCUGGGUGCUAUUGCAUGGCCUGUACUUCAAGCUGGAAGUUCAACACUGCUCGCAAUAGUCGUGAUGAUCCUAGUUCCAUCGAAUGCUGUUAGAAUGUUCGCCCGUACGUCGGUGUUGGUUGUCGCCACAGGCCUAUUUCACGGUCUUCUUGUAUUGCCUGUUGUAAUU